AUGAGCUCAGCCAAGACGAGUCCCGUCAAAAAGCCCACUCAAACUCCUGAACCCAAGAAAGAAUCUGGCAUUACAACAACAAAUGGCACUGACGACGCCCCUCCUUCUACGACGAGUGAAUUUGAUGAAGACCCAUCAAUCCUCUCUGACCCAGAAGAUUACUUAGAAGAGAAUGAAUCACUAGAUAUGAACUUGAGCCGAGGUGAUCAAAAAGUGUGGCUUGUGAAGUUGCCCAAGUAUUUGAUGGAGAAAUGGAAUGAUCCCGAAUCAAUGAAGAAAGGCAAUCAACUAGGAAAUGUUAAAAUUCGUAAAGACCCCAAAGGUAAACUAGAAGUAAAGCUUGUUUUAGAAAAGAAGGAAGCUGAUAUCCCACAAGAAUAUGAUAUCAAAAUGCUCAAUACGCAGGUUCGUAAUUCUUACGCCUUCACAGAGGAGAACUUGAAGAAGUUUAAACAAGAAUUGACUGAAGUUGGUGAAAUGCCCCAACAACCAGUAUUGAAAGAAACUGACGAUAAGAAGAAAAAGUUUCAGCCAAGAAGAAAAUUCAAAUAUUUCCGAGUGCAAAAGAAUGGGGAUGGCUCCGAUGGACAACCAGUUAAAAAGUACAUUCCAUUCGUUAAAACCAUUCCUAAAAAGACUAGUCUUUUGGGUAAAGUUGUUCACGAUUGUUCUAUUGUUCCGUCAAGAAGAGAUCAAAACUACUCGGCAUUAAUCAAGAGUCGUGAUGCUAAUAUUCAAGGUCCGCCACGACCAAAAGUCACUUUACUUAAUGAGAUCCCUGGAGUUAUUCAAUCAAAUGCUGGCCCUUCAAUCAAAGGUAACAAUACUUCUGUGUUUCUUAAAUCUACUCAACCCAAGAAUAAAGCUGAUGGUAGAGCCAUCAGAAUGCCCAAACAAGAUCUAUUGGACUUGUUGUUUAGAUUGUUUGAAGAGUACGAGUACUGGUCUAUUAAGGGGUUAAAAGAACGAACAAAGCAACCGGAAUCGUACCUCAAAGAAUCAUUGGAUUCAAUUGCCAUAUUGAUUAAAAAAGGUCCCUAUACUUCGAAAUGGGUGUUGAAGCCUGAAUACAGAAAAUUAAGGGAUGCUGAGAGAGCAGCAAGGUUAGGACUCAAUGAUGACGACCAAGGUAAGGAGAAUGAAGAUCAAGCGGAAGGGGACAAUGAUGAUGAGGAAAUGGAGGAUGUUAUUUGA